AUGGAAAGCCACUGGGGGACUCCGGGCAGCGUGACUUAUCUGACUUGGAUUAUAACAGUGGUAAAGGUGGUAACAGUUAUGAGACCAAUGCGCUGGCCAGCCGCAGCCCGUCCGGGGGCGUGGCGGGCCCGCUGCUCACGCCGUCCCAGUCGUUGGACGGCAGCCGGCGCUCGGGCUACAUCACCAUCGGCUACCGCGGCUCCUACACCAUCGGGCGGGACGCGCAGGCGGACGCCAAGUUCCGGCGGGUGGCGCGCAUCACGGUGUGCGGCAAGACGUCGCUGGCCAAAGAGGUGUUCGGGGACACCCUGAACGAGAGCCGGGACCCCGACCGGCCCCCGGAACGCUACACCUCGCGCUAUUACCUCAAGUUCAACUUCCUGGAGCAGGCCUUCGACAAGCUGUCUGAGUCGGGCUUCCACAUGGUGGCGUGCAGCUCCACGGGCACCUGCGCCUUUGCCAGCGGCACCGACCAGAGCGAGGACAAGAUCUGGACCAGCUACACCGAGUACGUCUUCUGCAGGGAGUGAGCUCCCCAGACCCCCUCGCGACUCCAGCGCCCAGUC